AUGAGUACCGCCUACUCCUUGAAAUGCACAUAUUUAAAAGCCUCUGUCACCAAGCCUAAGAUGGUGGAGGGCAAAACGAACAAUGCCGAAGUCCUCCGUGAAAUUCCAAACAUGAACGAGAUGUUGGAAGGUAGAGAAUACUGGGAGUGGACACGUCAUACCAACUUGAGCGAAAAGGAAAUCAAGGAAUUUCAGAAUGAGGAUGGAGGACUUCAUCACUUGGAAGUGAGAUCGACAAGCGAGAUUGAAGAGGCAAAGGCGGAGAGGGUUGCUGGGAAACACAAGGACGGCAACCAGAGGAACAAAAACGAACUGGAAGAUGAAUUUGACGACGUUGCGGACGAACCUAAAGUAUGGACAACGAUAAACCUAUAUGAGGCCUGGGAACCCAGUAAGAAAGAAGCCCACGAACGCUAUGCCGCCGUUUUCGCAAAUCAUAAGAGCGAUAAGGUUCAGAGUUCUGGUUAG